AUGCGGCUUCCAGGCCAAGUGAUCAACGAUAGACAUGAUCUUCUCACUCCGAAAACUGCAAGAGAAGUUGCAUUCAACCUCUCGCUCGACACCGAGAUUGACAGGAGGAUUGGGAAAGCUGCUACAACACUCACUCGACUCACCAAACGAGUGUGGACAAACCCUGAACUGACCGUGAACAUGAAGAUGGCUGUCAACGCCUGUGUCCUCAACACCUUGCUCUACAGCAGCGAAACGUGGACCACCUACAGUCGGCAGGAAAAAAGGCUGAACUCUUUCCACCUGAGGAGCCUCCGACGAAUACUUGGAAUCUGCUGGGAAGACAAGGUGACCAACACAGAAGUCUGGUCCCGCCCAGGUCUACCCAGCAUGUUCACCCUUCUGAGGCAACGCAGACUCCGCUGGCUGGGCCACGUGCACCGCAUGGAGGAUGGCCGCAUACCAAAAGACAUCCUCUAUGGGGAGCUCACCACUGGGAAAUGA